UCCGUAUCUGUUAUCAGCCGGGUGAGGAGCGCGAGCGCACGCCAGUUGAUGUUCGCGCGCCGCGAGGAAGACACAUCCGCGCUCUCACAGUGAACGUUUUAGUGCUCUUGGUAUAAACCGUGGAACGUGAUACGAGCUGGCGAUUAUAUCCAAGGAAUAAACUCGGAUGAAAAAGUAGACCACCUGAGACGAAAAUAACAUGAGGUUCUCGGCGAGGUUACAGUUGCUGACUUGCCUGGUGCUGUACGCGUCGUGCGCACACGCAAUCAUGGUGAAGUUCGGCACGAAGGACGGGCCCAUCGAGCCGCCGCCGCCGGAGCGGCAGCUGCCGCCCGUGCAGCCCUUCCGCGUCCCGGCGCCCGUAUGGGAGGAACGAUCCAACGACACACCCGACCCUAACGCUCAAUGGCGGCCUCAACUCUUCGUACCGCAGCCGAGGUAUACUCAGGUAGUCUACAAUCCACAGCCUCUAAACAACGCGCAACGAUUCGUCAACUCAUAUAUUCCAAUUCGUCAACCCAUACAAGCUCAACCCAUUCAACCUCAGGACUACUUCACACCUUCUCAGGUCUUGAGUUCACAAAGUCUGCCUGGCUUCGGUCUGAGAUACUUCCUACCUACUUACAACCCUGAUGACCAGCCUAAACAACCUAAGCAAGAAGACGCUAAAUUGAACGCAAUAGAUGCCAAUAAUCUAAAUGACAGAAGAGACUCAUCCAACGAUCUACAAUGGCAGUUCGAGAAGGAUCUAACUAAGAGGAACACAAGAAAUACGCAAGAGGCAGCGGUUCCCUACGUCUACUACUUCCCAGCGCACGUGUCUCGGCAUCAGUAAUAAACUAAUCUUAGCAAUAAGUGUUAACAGUAUCAUCACAGUUCUAUUGAAUAAAAAAGGAAAUGUCAGUAAAACUUUAUAACUUUGCGAUCAAUCAAAUCUGACUUGUAAUUAUUGGUAAGUUAUCUGAUAAAAAGGUUUUUUUCAUAAUUAUUAUAUCUAUACAUUCAACGUCAAGCCUUUGUGAAGCAUUAAGUACAUAAUAAUAAAUUUAUUUAAAAACCAUCUCAUUGAAAUCGGGAUCGCAAAGUAGAGAGCUUAAUACUGAUGAUGAUGAUGUUAUUAGAUUGUAUCGUAGUGUUAAAUAAAAGUGCCAGAAGAUAAAGUAUUUUAUAACGCUGAUGCGUUAUGGUCGUUGCCAAUAAAUCUCUCCUUGAAAAGAGGAACUCUUGUGUGUUUCGAAUUGGUUAUACAAGGUAUGGCUAAUAACAGUUGGUAAAGAGUAAUUAGACGACGAAAUGAAUCGUUUAAUUGAGAUAUUUCAUAAUUGAUACGAGCAUUGAAAUGGUCAGUACUGAAUAUGUACUAAACUUAGUGUUGUAGAACAUUAUGUAUACAUUUUUGGUGAAAUGUCCUUUUAACAUUUACAAAAUACUUAGUGAUUGAUUUAACCUUCUUGAAUGACUAUGUGGGAGUUAUAGUCUUUCUGAUUUACAAAUCAUGUUAACUUUACAUUUUAAUUGCUAUAAUUUUCAAAGCCAGCUGUUAUAUAACCAGUAUAGUUCCAUUCACAUUUGCUCCGGUCCGUUAACCUGACUGUCAUUAAUAAAUAUAUUAUGGAUGGACUGAAAUUAUAUUAUGAUAAUGACUUUUUGAGCUGCACAAACCACAAAAACUCCCUUUCGUGUGCUCAGCUGCGUAACGAAUUCGUCCGCCUUUAUUCGCUUUGUGCUCUAAGGAGGACGGAUGACAUAAUUGUCUCGACUAUUUCAAAGUUGAAUAUUAUAAUUUUACUUAUUUACAACGCUUUUAUUAAAUAAAAAACGUAGCCUAACAAAAUAAAUCUAUUCAGUCGCAAAGUAUUAAAAAUAUACAUUAUCUUAUUGGAACACGAAUUAAAAUUAAAAUUCCUCGGUACAAGCAAGAUCGUGAGGUAUUUGUAGAUUUUAUUAAAUUGUUUACUACUUUUUAAUUCUCAAUGAAACUGGUAAUGUUUUAAAAAUAAAGGGACGUGUGUAUAUACGUUCUAAUUUUCUUCUUAGAACAAUGUGUUACUUGCUUGUAAAUUAAAAAUAACAAAUGUAUGCAAGUAGCUUAGGUACCUACCACGCAUAGAAUGUUUAGUAAAAUAUAUACUUAAACAUUCUUUAAGUAGGAAAGGAUCUCAAAACUUUCAUGGAGUAUGUACUAGCAUCAACAAGAUACUUCAAAAGUAUUUUGUAGCCUGGAGCGUACAAAGAUCUGUCCACGAAGCGAAUCAUCAGCGUAGCGUAAGCUACAUUUUCUCUCAUCUCUUGUUAGAUAUUAACACAAUCUUGACCUAGUUACUUCGUAUUUCAGCCUUUCGAAACCCUUUAAGUAUAUUGUAAAGCCGUUAUUGAUAAUCCUAUUAAAUUGGACUUAGUUUACAGUAUAUGUUAAUACAGAAAUAAUUUAAACAUCAAUACUUACUAUGAAGGCCAAGCAAUAUGAAGGUAUAGAAGGAAAUGCUCGGAACACAAUUUUUCUCCGUAACCUUUUUUUGGACUAGUUAGGAGGUGAAAAUUCCCCGGCCGUAGCCCUUGAGUUGGGGGGAGAGGGGUGUUUGAAGGUCCCAUUUUUCAGUUUUUCACUUAUAUCUUGGAAACUGCGUAGUAACGACAUGACUACUAACACAAAACGAAAGAUGAUUAAAUUUGCUACAAGUUUACAUAAGUUAACCUUUUCGAUUUCUUGAAUAAUUUUAGAGAUAUCCUCUCUUGAAAAAUUUAAAGGCUCUUGAUUUUAUCUUGACAUUUAUAUUAGUGAAGCUACUAGGCGAUGUUUGGUAUCGUUUUCGUAUACUUAAAUUGGGAGCGCCAAAUUCAUUAAUUUAUGGUAUCACAUUGACACCAUUAUAAAGUAAAAACAUUAUAAACUUUAAACAAGUACCUUUUUUUAACUUCUCUUUACGCUUAUACCGCUUAACCUAUUUAGUUGAAAUUUGGUACACAGUUAUUUUGAGUCCCAAGACAGAACAUAAUCAUAUCAGAAAAAUCAUCCCUUAAAGGUGUUAAAGCUAUUCAGCUUCUUUGCCCAAACUGAAUUCGUGAGGUUAAUACUGUUUAAAAUUAGAUUUGAAGUCAUGUUUGGUAUUAUUUUCAACUAAAUUAAAGAUGUAGACCAUCCCAAAUUUCAUCUAAGUCGGUUUAACGGUUAUUGAUUCCUCAUACAAAUUUCCACCCCACUUUUCAUACCCUCAAAAGAUGCUUUUGGUUAUAAAAACUAUCCUAUGUCCUGUCCUGGGACUCAAACAAUCUCUAUACUAAAAUUAAACUUAGUAUAUUUAAAAAAGAAUCCAUCAGAUUAUUUGGUAUUUGAUGAAACAUACUUUUUGACAUUUAGGUAUUUUGAGACUUGGACGAUAUGAAUAAAAGUCAUUAUGACAGUCAGCCAUUUUAAGAAGGAAACAAUUUGAUAUUUAGGCAUUUUGGGACUGAGUUGUUAUGAAAUUUAGGAGAUAUAAAUACAAUGGCAUUAUGGUAUUUAGGUGCAAUGAAACCAAAGCUAAAUUUCAACGAAAACGGUUCAGCGGUUUAAGCGUGAAGAGAAGUUAAAAAAAGCAUUUUUUUUAUUUUAUUUUUCUUCGGAAUGGUGAUACCAUAAAUGAAUUCAGCACCCCCGAUUUAUUCGAAAACGACACGAAACACGGCCUAGCAGCUUCAUUAAUGUAAUUAAAUAUUAUGAUAAAAUUGAGAGCCCUAAAUAAACAUUCCAGAGCGGAUAUCUCAUAACCUAUACAAGAUAUCGAAAAACUUGACAAAAUAAAACUUCUAUAAAAUUUCAAUUCUAUAAUCAAUUUUAAUUUUGUAUAAGUGACAUGUCGCUAAGACGCAUAGUUUCCGAGAUAUAAUCGUAAAUCCAAAAAAUGGGACCUUCAAACUCAUCCCCCCCCCCCCCCCCGGUUCAAUCGUACGGCUGGGGAUUUUUAAUAUGUUCACCUUCUCACUAGUCCAAAAAAAGUUACGAAGUCGAAAAUUGUGCUCCAAGCAUUCCCGUCCAUAGCUUUUUUGAGCAUUAGUUGCCUGGUCUAAUGUAUUAGACUCAGUUUGUUACAUUGAAAUAAACUGAUCACAUAUAUAUAUGAGUAGUGUCAUUUUAGGGAAACAAAACCCAAAUAUGCGAGAUAGUGUUAGCCCAGCUCAAAUAACCAACUGUGCAGGCGUACGAUGUAGCCCGGCGUAUUGCACGCGGUACGCCCAGGCAUAUAUCACGCUUCGUAUGUGUCGCUUACGCUUCGUGGACGGAAUUUGUGGACUUUUCGGGCGUUUGGAUACGAACUGUUCCUUACGCUUGUUUACAUAGCAGGCCUUACAAACAACAUAAAAGAGAACCUUUUCGCCUUAACCAGAUCUUACGUUACUGGAAAAUUUAAUUGCGUUAAAAUGAAGAAAUAUUUGUGUGUUCAUCAAUGUCAUUGCCCAUUUUUAAAACUAGAAUUAUUGAGUGCAUCGUAAAUUAUCAGCGAAUUUUCUUAAUAUUACGGUUACGGACAUUCAGUAAGUGAGUAUUGUAUGUAUAAUUGAAUACUAGAUUUUUAGUGUAGAUCUUCUUUGAACGUUGUAACCUUGCCUUCUUUUUUAUUUGUUUAAUUUUAUUGUUUUUGAUUGUGUUUUCUAGCUGUAACUAUAACGCUUGUAAAUAUGUACAAUAAAUAAAAAAAUAUAGACAUUUUGUAA